GUCUGUCUCAUCUCUGCUUUAUUAAUCCCCCACCAUGAAGAACAGUUCUCUCUGGACGUUUUUAUUAGUACUUUUUGCAGCGGUCUUUGUUUCAGCGCAAGAUGAUGCAUUCAGCGCGUCUGCCAAUCUCGAAAUCACAGCCGAGUUCCCUGAUAACCCAUUCGGUCUUAUUGUGAAUGGACAAAAGAACAAAGUGGUGCUUUCAUUGACCAACAAGGAAGCCGCUCCCGCUACCGUAUUGGCUAUUUCUGGACGAGUUACUUUGGCUGAUGAUAAUGACAAGAUUGUUCGCAACUUAACUGCUCGUCGUUAUGACGUGACCAUUCCUGCUGCCGGUACCGAGAACGUUCCCUAUCACUUUUAUCCCGAAUUCGCUCCCAAGGAGUACGGUUUGAGCGUGUUUAUCGAUAUGAUGAUUGGUGAAAAAUUGGUCCGUGUGGUUGGCUACAGUGGCACCAUUACCGUCAGCGAUCCCGAGACCUCUUUCCUUGAUCCUCAGCUUCUUUUCUUGUACGCUGUGCUCGGUGCUUGUACCUUGGGUGUGGCUUACAUUAUUCGUGAAGCGUUCUUUGGCGGUGCCAAGAAGGUCAAGGUGAAGAAAUCAACUGAACCUGCUGCUCGUCCUACGCAUCGUGAUGAAAAGGGCAACCUUGUUUUGGAUGAAUCCUGGAUCCCUGAUCAUCACUUGAAGAACCAGAGCCCUCGCCAGUCACCUCGUUUGAAGAAGAGAGCUUCCAACCGCAAGUAAAUUAGCUCCUUCUUUUUUUUUUUUAUUUGCGCAUAAAAUUUAAUUAUCUGGGGAGGAAGAGUGUAACAUAUGGGUGCAUCAACAUGCGUAUAUAUGUUCGUUGACGGCCAGUUUUGGCUUUAUUUUUGUUUUGUUUCUUUUGUUAUGAUACAUUAUUUUGAAAUAGAUGCUGUAUUCUUUGACUUUUAAGCAAUGUUG